GCGGGCGCUUCCGGGUUCGUGUCUGCGGCGAUGGCGGCCGGGACGGGCGCGGCCCCGGCGGGGGAGGCGGACGAGCUGUUCGACCUCCGCAACAGCUUCUACAUCGGCGCCUUCCAGGCCGCCAUCAACGAGGCCCAGCGCGCCAAGCCCAGCAGCCCCCAGCAGGAGGUCGAGCGGGACGUGUUCCUGUUCCGAUCCUACAUCGCCCAGAGGAAGUUUGGGGUGGUUCUGGACGAGCUGCAGGGCAGCCCCAGCCCCGAGCUGCAGUCUGUCAGGAUGUUUGCUCAGUUCCUGGCCAGCGACAGCCAGAACCAGAGGGACUCCAUCGUGGCAGAGCUGGACAAGAAGAUGGCCAAGAGCGUGGACGUGGCCAACAGCACCUUCCUGCUGAUGGCAGCGUCCAUCUACUGCCACCAGCAGGACCCCGACGCUGCCCUGAGGGCCCUGCACCAAGGGGACAGCCUGGAAUGCCUGGCCAUGACGAUCCAGAUCCUGCUGAAGCUCGACAGGCUCGACCUGGCCAGGAAGGAGCUGAAGAAGAUGCAGGAGCAGGAUGAGGAUGCCACCCUGACACAGCUGGCCACAGCCUGGGUCAACCUGGCCCUGGGCGGGGAGAAGCUGCAGGACGCGUUCUACACCUUCCAGGAGCUGGCAGACAGGGCCAGCCCCUCGCUGCUGCUGCUCAACGGGCAGGCGGCCGCGGCCAUGGCCCAGGGCCGCUGGGACGAGGCCGAGGGGCUGCUCCAGGAGGCCCUGGACAAGGACAGCGGGCACCCUGAGACGCUGCUGAACCUGGUGGUGCUGUCCCAGCACCUGGGCAAGGCCCCCGAGGUCACCAAUCGUUACCUGUCCCAGCUGAAGGAUGCUCACAAAAACCAUCCCUUCAUCCAGGAGUACCAGGCCAAGGAGAACGACUUUGACCGCCUGGCCCUGCAGUAUGCGCCCAGUGCCUGAGCCUGGCACCCGAAAAAUCCCUUUGGGACCCAAAAAAUCCCUUUGGGACCCAAAAAGUCUCUUCUGGAAACCAAAAUAUCUCCCUUGGGACCCAAAAAAUCCCUUCUGGUCCUGCUGGGAGGGUGGGAAGGGGAAAUUCCAGCAUCUCCAGGAUCCAUCCCAAAUUCUGCAUCAUCUCCUGCCCUUCUGAAAAUUCCUUUGGGAUGAAAACCCCUGGUGAGAGGGAAAACCCCAAAAG